AUGUCUCUGGCGGUGCAAGGCGAACGGCACCGCGAUAGGUCCAGGUCCAGGUCGCGUGACCGACGACCCAAAGACGAACCUGAGCGAGGGGCAAUCUCAUAUGCAGAUAUUCGAGGAUCAGGCUAUGGCUACCCCGGCGAUGUUUAUGGCGACAGAUACGACGAUAAAUACACACAGCCUGAAAAUGAACGGCUCGCGUAUCCCUCGGGCAGCAACUUUGAACCGUUAAUGUCUGGUGCCCAGCCGGCGUACCAGUACGACGAGAAGCGUUCUUCAUAUAGAGAUAAUUAUUCUCGGUCAGACUCCCCGGAGUCGAACCACCUUCCCGGAUCUUUCCCUGACGAGGACCGGCCUCGCCGAGGCGAGAAGGAUGCUCGUCACAAGAGUCGCAAAGAAACCCGUGGGGAAAGAAACUACAGCAAAUACGACUAUGAUUAUGAUGAUAAGCGAGACAACCGCCACUCCGAAGCUAGGCGCGACAGGCAAGACACAAUUGAGGCCAGCGACGAUCGACUGAAGUAUCUUCCACAAAAAUACAGUCAGAAUUAUGAUGACAAGGGAGAUACUCGAGGAAAAGUCAAACACACGCGACCGGACUUUGAAGAUGAAGCCUUGACUUAUGGCGGCCCGCCUCCAUUUGAUGCACGUUCGAGCUCUCCUCCAACGUAUGGGAGUUACAUUCCCGGGUCAAGCGCCGGUGACAAGCGCAGGUCCAAGUACGAGGACGAUUACCAUGAUAAUAGGAGACGUUCGUACAGCCUCGAACCAGAAGAUCGGUUGUCUAGGAAGCCAAAGAGCAACUCCUAUCGGGAGUACUUGGACGAUCCAAGGAGCUCCAAAUCGAGCGCUCUGGCCGUGGAAUCAUCUCAGCGAAAAAGGGAUCGCUCAAGGGAUGCCAGAAGGCUUGCCUCACCAGGCCCAGCGUUGUUGACAGCCGAACCUGACAAGCAUGGACGGGGCAAGUCUCGCGAGAGAUCUCGCGACAGGCGGUCAUCCGAGCGAGAAUCCUCGCCUAUGCCACCCACCACCCGGAUGUCAACCCUCACAGUCGACACAAAUCGUCCCGUCAGCAUGUCGCUAGCGGCAGCUCCAGGAUCCCCCCUCCUUGAGUCAUACCAUGGCACCUACCAGGACUGUUCUCCUAUGCCAUCGCCGCUUCUUCUUGCGUCGCAAGCAGCCAAUGAAGCCCCAAACAUUGUCGACGCGCUCUCCCCUCUCAACUCUGACGUCGAGGGAGACAGCAGAAAACGCAACCGCAGAGCUCGUUUCCAUGACCCAGAAGACAUCGCAUCACGCUUGGCGCGCGCUUUGAAGGGCGAUAGACCGCCUGAUACAGAGCCUCUCAUUGAGAUUCUCCCCAGUUUGUCCCACGAUCAAGUGAUGGAACUCCGGACGAAGUACAAGCGUAUUGUCAAGACAGGCUCCGAGCGCAAGGGAGUUAACAUCGCGAAGCAUGUUCGAGCGCGACUCAAAGACGAAGAUGCCAUGCUGAUGAAAGCGUGCUACUCCGUUGCCCUCGGAAUGUGGGAAAGUGAAGCCUACUGGGCUAAUUUCUGGUAUCAGGGAGACAAGACGCGGCGCGAACUGCUCAUUGAAACGUUGAUGGGGCGCACGAACGACGAGGUUCGCCGUAUAAAGGAUGCAUUCACUGAUAAGAAAUACGACAACAGCCUUACUAAAUGCAUGAAGACCGAAUUGAAGGAGGACAAGUUUAAAAAAGCGGUUCUGACGGUCUUAGAGGAGCGACGGAUGGAAGAUUAUGAUCACUAUGGCCGUACAGUUCCGCUAGAUUAUGAUUUGGUCGAUCGCGAUGUGGAUGAGCUGAGAAAAGCAGUCAAGGCUGAGAAAGGUGGCGAGACUUUGAUGAUUGCGAUCGUUUUGCAACGCAGCGACACUCAUCUCAGAGCUGUUCUGAAGGAAUAUGAGCGUCACUAUAGAGGCAAUUUUGCCCGCGAGGCGCUCAAGAAGAGCGGCAAUCUUGUGGGCGAACUUCUCGCUCAUAUUUUGAACGGGGUAAUCAACCGUCCUGUUCGAGACGCCUUGCUACUACACCACGCACUUACAGCCUCGCGCAAGGACGCCCUGCGUCGCGAGCUGCUCGUUUCCCGGCUUGUCAGAUACCAUUGGGAUCCUAUGCACAUGCAGGCGGUCAAGAGAGCUUACAGCGAGAGGUACGGCCGCGAGCUUCAAGACGCCGUCCGCGAUGCAACCAGCGGAGAAUGGGGUAUAUUUUGUUUGGAACUGUGCAUUGCGCGAAUGCCUAACCACGUUCGCCGCAUCGAAAGGGUCAGCGGAGGUGGUCGCUAG